AUGUCUUUAUUUAAAAUUUUUAAUUUGUGGACGAUUAAAUCGAGUGACAUUACAAAAAGUUACGACUCCAAUUCGCUUCAUUGUUGCCGACUGAAUGUCUUGGAUAGCGACGAAAAAGAUUACAUUAUCAUUGGUUCCCACAAUGGAUUUUUAUCUAUUUACCAACCGAUAUUUAAUGCCGAAGAAGAAAAUGAAAAUUUUCCAUCAUUUUCAGCAUCAAAUGUAGUUCUCGAAGCUAAAUUAGAUGCACCGAUAAUUGCUUUGGCGUCAGGAAAAUUUUCGACUUGUGGAAAAAACGAAACACGAAAUUUAUUAGCUGUUUUACAUCCACUUAAACUUGUCAUUUAUGCCAUCACCCCAUCAGAUAGCAAUACUGAGCUAGGUGACUCCUCAAGGUUACAAAUUGUUCAAGAACAUUCGCUGCAAAGUCACGCUUUCGACAUGUGUAAAGGACACUUUGGAGGAUAUAAAGGACGUGAAUUUUUGUGUGUUUAUCAUUUAGAUGGCACAUUAAAAUUCUUUGAACAAGAUGGAAUAGUGGUCGAUUGUCAACUUUUGAAGGAGUUAACGAUUCCCUCGAAAUUUAUGUACGUUCCGAGGAUAGAUUGUUUUGUAACGUUAUCAUCUUCGUGGGUCUUGGAGUGUUUUAGAUAUCAAGAUAUAAUUGAUGCGAAGCAACUUAAUAAGAAUAUAGUGCCAAUAUGGACGUUGUGCAUCGGAGAAGGAAUCUUAGAUAUGAAUGUGAAUCAAGUGAGCAAAACCGAAAGUGUGAUAGUUUUAUUAGGAGAAAAUAACUUAAUUUGCACAUCAGACACUGGAAAAAUCAAAUUUAUCAAAAGACUGGAUUACGUCCCGGUUUGUUUAUGUUCAUUUGUCAUUGGAUGGUACUGGGAAAAUAAUGCUCGCAUGAUAAUCACAAUUUUAUCGGAAAACGGUACUCUAUUAAUUUACGAUCAAAUGAUACUUAUGUGGGCUGCCCAACUAAGCUUUACCGACACAAUUGCAAUUCAACGUUCUAACAUACAAGGACUGCCGGGAGGAGCAAUAGUUACUUUAAACAACAAAGGAAUAUUAAACGUGGGUUACUUAGGCUCUGAUCCAUACAUUUUUAAAGCUCCGCUGUUAAAUUUACAACAAUUGGACUUUCAAAAAGCAUAUAUAGAGUUGAAUGAACUGGAAACCUGCAUUAAAAAAGGAGUUGAUAUAAGUGAUGUCAAAAUUCAAAAUGCCGCAGCAGAACGAGACAUUAAAAUUCAGUUGACAAUGAACCCUAACCUCGAAACAUGUGCCUUCACUGCACCAAACUGCUCAACAGUCGAUGACGAUCAAAAAAGAAUGGCUCGUUUAAGUAUAGCCUUUAAGCCUUUAGGAACCUUUGAACAAGUUCAAGUUACAAUUUUCGUGAAUCGUCCUUUAAAAAGCAGCAUAGAACGUUAUGUUUUUAAGGAGCCAACUGUUAAUGAAACAGAACAUCUUGAUACUUACAUCUAUGUGACAAAUAUGACAGACAUCCCAUCUAUGGUGGUUCAAGUAUUUUUUACUUGCAUCAAUAAGCAAAGCAUUGUUCGAAUAAUUGAACGACAAAUACCAGUUGCACACGAGAUGAUUUAUAAAGAGAUGCAGCCCCAACGAGAAGCCAAAUAUAAAAUAACCUUAACAUGUGAUAGUAACGUUGAAUUUAACCAUAUCAAACAUUUCGGCUCGAUAUUUUCAGAAGCAUUCUUUACAAAGGAAAAGGAACCAAAUAUUCAUGCCUUUGGAUUCAAAUCAAUUUACUCUGGAAAUAUUGUUAGUAUUGCUGUUUCGAAGAACACCAAUAGAUAUCGGAUUCAGGCGGAUUCAAUUGAGAUUCUUACACCUUUUUUGAUGCACUUGAUUGAAAAACUGACUAAACCAGUGACCAAUGAAAAGAAAAAUAUACAAAAUGCUGCAAAAGUAACUAUUAGUCCACCAUUCAUUCCAAUUGAGUUUUUAGUUAGCAAUAUAAAUGCACAUUAUCAAAAGCGACAAGAAUACAAUAAUUUGAUGUUGGAGAUCGAUAGAAGGAAUGCUGAACUGCGACUCUUUGAAUCUCGAUUCAUUGUAAAGUCACAGGAAGAGAACGCCAAGUUAUCCGGUAUUCAGUAUUUGAUCGAUUUAACAAACAAUAAAAUCGCAACGGCUGAAAAAUUUGCUAAAUUAUUGCUGGAUGAUCUUUUAAACACUCAAAUACGUCUCUCAAGCACUGUCCUUCUGAUAAAAACUGUGGUUAAACACAUUGGACUUCAUACAAAAGUGAUACAAGCAAUUUCAAAUACAUUAAAUCACUGUAUUUACGAUUAUUUUGAACAAUCGUGGGAAGAAGCGAUUUAUCCUUCGUUAGACUUUUUAAAUCACAUUGGAUCUUUUAACAAAAACGAAAAAUUGAAAGAUUAUUUUCAGGGCACCACAUCGGAACAAAGUAUUGAAUUUGAUUUUCAAACAUUUUUAACUCAUGUGAAAACUAUAUUGACUAGAGUAAUUCAAAUGUCUAAUACGGUAAACGAUGCUGAAAGGGAGAAAUAUGAUGAAUUUUUCGGAAAUUCAGAAGAUAGUGAUAAAGGAUUAAUGGAAAAGAGUGAAUGGUUAAAUGAAACGCUGCCAGUUGGAGCUUCUGUUUUAUUAGGAGAAUAUGAAGAAGCUCCACAAAUAAAACAAGAAGACAACAUUGUGGAAAGUAAUACUGAAUUUCUCCCUAAAAUACACGAAGAUAGUGAAUUUAGUAUUGAGGAUCAAUUUAGUGUAGAGAAUUCAAUCCCUGAGUAA